CUCUCUCUCUCUCUCUCUCUCUCUCUCUCUCUCUCUUACCUUUUUGCUUUUAAGGAGGAACGCCUCUUGAUGUCUAUAAAUUUGAGAAGCCAAAGUGUUGCCACUUUUACGAGGAACGCGCACAAAUUCCUCUGCAUUCCUUCUUCUCUCCUCCACCGAGCCAACCAAAACAAGCAGCACAUCAGGCCUCGGCUUCUCUGACUUGUCUCUCCUUCUUUGCCUGAUCGACAACGAAAGCUCCACAAAAGAAUUGGGGUUCUCCUUUCAAGUUUUCAACCUCCCUCAAUUUUACCAUCAUCUCCUUUGGAUUCAUUCCUAUUUUAGAGUUGUGGACUGGAUUUCGGUCCGGUGAUCGGACGGCGGAGCAAUGAGGACCAACGGCGGGAAGAUAUCCAAGCCUUCGUGGCCGAAAGUGAUGGCGAGGAAAUGGCUCAACAUACCAAUCAAGGGGGAUGAGUUUCAUUCCGAUUACUCUCCAAAAUAUGAGACUGGGAGAAGGAAGAGCUGCUCGGACCAAGACCGCUACGUCGUCGUACCGGACGAUUUUUCAGAUAGAUGCACGUUGAUGGGGGAAACAGCCCAUAGACAAAGUUGUGGAAUGGAGCCGCCUACUGUCACUGAUGAUCCCAAUCUCAAGAUGUUCGUAGGGACAUGGAAUGUUGGAGGCAAAUCACCCCAGGACAACUUGAACUUGAGGGAAUGGCUGAAAUCUCCUACUCCCGCAGACGUCUAUGUUCUUGGGUUCCAGGAAAUUGUCCCUUUGAACGCCGGGAACGUAUUGGGCGCGGAAGAUAAGGGCCCAGCUGCCAAGUGGCUGUCCCUGAUUCGCGAGGCACUGAACAAGAAUGACCCUGGACAGCUUGACCAGCAAGGCAAGCCUAGGCUCAGCUUCUCCGACUUGCUUUCUUUAGAAGAUGAGCUUAGCAGUGCAGAUUUUGAGAGACUUCUGAAUUUGAAUCCCGCGUCGACUUCAAGUGGAGAAAACUCACCAACCUCGCCAGUGAUGUGUCAGUGGAAAGGCAAUAGUCCAAUGCAAGGAAAUCGUUACUGCCUAUCAGCAAGCAAGCAGAUGGUCGGAAUUUUCAUGUGCGUGUGGGUUCGUGCUGAUCUUUGUAGACACAUUAGCAACACGAAGGUCUCGUGUGUUGGUAGAGGCAUAAUGGGAUACCUUGGAAACAAGGGUUCAAUAUCAAUCAGCAUGACGUUGCAAGGAACAACAUUUUGUUUCGUGUGUGCACAUUUAACCUCUGGGGAGAAAGAAGGGGAUGAGAUGAGAAGGAACUCAGAUGUCAUGGAAAUCUUAAAGAAAACAAGAUUUUCUCAUUCAUGUAGAACAAAGGGACAACUGCUUCCUCCCAAUAGCAUUUUAGACCAUGACAAGGUUAUUUGGCUCGGGGAUUUAAAUUAUCGGCUAGCUGCUGCUUGCUGCGGCGACACACAUGAACUAUUAAAGAAGCAUGAUUGGCAGGCACUUCUAGAGAAAGAUCAGCUAAGGAUAGAGCAACAAGCAGGUCGAGUUUUUAAAGGGUGGGAGGAAGGGAGGAUAUAUUUUGCUCCAACCUACAAAUACCUAGCUAAUUCUGAUCAUUAUGUUGCCCAAAGUUCUAAAUCUAGAGAUAAGAGACGCACUCCAGCCUGGUGUGACAGGAUUUUAUGGAAGGGGGAAGGGCUUAAACAAAUGUCGUAUGUGAGAGGGGAGUCGAAAUUCUCAGACCACAGACCGGUUUCUUCGUUGUUUUCAGUCUGGUUAGACUUGGCUGACAAGAAAAAGCUCAACUCUUGCAUGCUCAAGUCAUCAGCCAAAGUGCAGGCGGAAGAGCUUUUGCUGCUCACGGAACCAAAAGCUGCUUAGACACCACCUCAAGGUUCUGAUUUAAUUACUGCCAAACACAGCCCACAUUUUUGAAGACCAAAAGCUGAAGCAGCCAGCCAAUGUACAAAUUUACAGCUAAGUACUGUGUAAAUUGGUUUGGUUUUGACCGACUGACAAAAUCAGAAGCUGGUGUCCCUGGCUUUUUUUUGACAGUUGUUGGGACUAAAAUUUUAAGCUCUCAAAGGCGUGCUUAAAUUUUUGAAGGCAUGAUGAUGAUGAAAUGGUGUCGGUGGAGCAGAGAAGUGAAGCAGAAGCAUAUAAGCUGCUGGGACUGGGAAAGUUGGGAUGGAGAGUGAUAGCAGCUUCUGUGAAAAGUUGAAUUGUAAGUGGUUAAUCAGCUUUUGGCAGAAGAAUAUAUCUUUGUUUGAGAUUAAGUUAGGGGGAGAGGGGACACACAGAGAGGUUGAUUAAAAAGUUGAAAUGUGUAGGAAAAAAAGGACAGUUUUGAUUGAAAGUUUUCUGUUAAGGGAACUGGGGGAGAUGGUGGCUUUCGUUUGCUUUUGCAAUUUACUAAUGAAAUUCUUUUAUAUUUCCAACCAA